GUGUCUCACCCCGCGUGUCUCCAGACCAUACGCAAGCUGCUGGUGAACACCGUCUCUCUGCUGGGGAACCUCUCCCGCGUGGCAGAGAACCGCGCCUCCUUCCGCCAGAGCAACGCGGUGCCCGUGAUGCAGGAACUGCUCAAGAAGGAUGACGUGGAGUUCAGGAUGUCUGCCCUGCAGGUCAUCGCCAACGUGCUGGAGGAGAGUGACUGCGACCCCCUGGGAGAGACGAACUCCACUAAUGAGCUGCUCCAGGCCAUCAGUCGGUCCAAAGUGUACGGCCGAUACAAGUGGGUAGGUGAGAUCCUAUACCAGGGCGAGGAGCUGCUGGAGAUGCUGGCCAUGCUGUCCGUGUGUUGGCCGGUACGCAGGAAGGUUCACCGUCGCUCUUCGCGGGAUCCGCACCGCUUCUCUCGUCAGAUCUACGAGGCGGGCGCCGUGGCUCCGCUGGUGCAGAGCCUGAGGCAGGGCCGCUCCGUGGAGAAGCUCCACGCGGUGACGACGCUCAGCAGACUCAGCCGCGACCCCGGCACCUGCUCCCAGAUGAGGCAGGAGGGACAGCUCCACUGCCCCAUAUGGAGCACGAACCAGAACCAGCUGAGGGAGAGAGCGGCCGUCUCCUGGGGCAGCGUCGUGCUCCGCGCCGUCAAGGGCUUCAUCUCGUGCUGCUCCUCCUCCAGGUCCAAGGAGGUGCAGGCUCGCCUCGCAGGCGUCCCCAAGUGGCAGGAGGGUGACGUGCAGGCCUGGCUGGAGGAGAGCAGCCUGGGCGCCUACUGCCCCAACUUCACGCAGAUCGACGGCCGCAUCCUCCACUCCCUCCUGGAGAUCCGCCAGCAGGCCCCGGAGUUCUUCGCCAUGGUGGCACGGGAAGUGGGCGGCUUCCACCGCCUGGAGGACUUCCUCAAGUUCCUGGAUGCUGUGGAGAAACUGGACUGAUGAGGUGGCAGAGUCGAGGACAGAGCAGCUGAUUGGAGCUCAACCACACAAACACAGCACAGCCACACACGUGACAACCACACAGGACAACUCAACCACACCACACACAUGACAACCACACACAUGACAACCACAUGCCGUACGUCCAGACACACCGGGACUGCACCUAAAUGCAGCCGAGCACCAGUGACUGCCAUGCGCACUUGAACUCCAAACCUGUAACUCUACGCUGAUAACUCCAUGCCACGCCAUUUCUACCACAGCAUAACUGCAUUCUCUGACAGCCACUUACGCCACACAGGUGACGCAGGUGACACAGGUGACACAGGUGACACAGGUGACCCACACUCAGCACAGACUACUGGGCUCGUCUGACGACCGUGGGUACUGGACCCUGAACAGGGCUUGGGUCCACGGCCGCACUCACGCACUCACACACUCACUCACACACUCACUCACACACACACUCACUCACACACUCACACACUCACUCACUCACACACUCACUCACACACACACUCACACACUCACUCACACACUCACACUCACUCACACACUCACGCACGGCCAUUCACACUGCAUGCCUGCAGACGAUGACGGUGGCUUCUUUGAGGCCUACAGAGGCCAGCACCGGCGCUCACACUGACACAGGCUCUGUGCUGCUGCUGCUGCUGAAUGGCCAUGAGUGAGUGGCGCUCACACUGACACAGGCUCUGUGCUGCUGCUGCUGAAUGCCCAUGAGUGAGUGGCGCUCACACUGGUACAGGCUCUGUGAUGCUGCUGCUGCUGAAUGGCCACGAGUGAGUGGCGCUCACACUGGCACAGGCUCUGUGCUGCUGCUGCUGAAUGGCCAUGAGUGAGUGGCGCUCACACUGGCACAGGCUCUGUGAUGAUGCUGCUGCUGCUGCUUGCAGGCAACACCGAAUGCUCUCAGACGCCCGUGGCCCAUGGCCACCUGUGGACGUGAAGAGGCCAUCCACUGCCCCAAUCAGCUUCUUGUCUCUGGGUCUCCGGGUUCCUUCUCUUUGUUGUCAUAAUUCUGUUUAACACUCAGCAGAAGCAGCGGUAUUAGUAGUAGGAGGAGGAGGCUUUCGUGACCAAUAUUAUCCAUGAGAGGCUUUUGGGUUAAAUUGCGUGAAAAUAAGUGUCGUUAAACCCCCCCACCACCCAACACAGCCAAUUAGUAAGGUUUGUCACGUAAACAAAACCUGCCAAUUAGUGACGAGUACGGCACUAAGCGGCUGUGUGUUGAGAGUAAACCCACUACAACAUCUACAACUCGAGUACAGCACUAAGCGGCUGUGUGUUGAGAGUAAACACACUACAACAUUUACAACUCGAGCACGGCGUUUCGCCGGUAAUUACAACCGGCCUGAUGUCCGUGUCAGGUAGUGGUGGGUUUAACGACACAUUAACACAAUCUAACCCACAACAAUCCUCUAUUGCCGAUGUCACGAUCCUCCUCGUCAAUCGCAGUUAAUCCGAUGGGUGUCGUUGGACCGGGCCUCGUAGUAAUCGAGCGAGGUGCCCGGCUGGGAUUCGCGUGAACGCAGCGGCUCUGUGUGGACGUCAACACUGGCAGCGGCAGGGACGCGGUCAGGUGGGGGUGGCGACGUGGGAAUGUGCAGCGAGGGUGGGAGACGGCUCCACUCGCGCGGCGUGCGUGGUAGCCGGCAGGGCCCCGCCUGGAGGGGAGAGGCCUCGUCGCGGGGCGGUGGGCCCCUGGGUCCGGGUUGGGCAGGAGGAGUGGCAGUGCCGUGGACGUGGGCACUCGUGGCAAGUGCAGCGAGUGGAGACGGAGCCUGGUGGAGGCGGCAUUUAAUCUCGUAAUCUUUGCUUUAAUUUUAACAUUUUACACGAUAAAGUAGAUUCUAGUGCAACCGUUAGGGUUUGGUUACGAUGGUCCGAGCGCGAUUCCAUCCGGCAGAGCGGCCCUGGCCGCUGUUCACGGCGGGGGUUCUCCACUGUAGCUGUGCUGCAGAUGCCUACGAGCGAGGCCGUGGAUAGCAGUGGGGGUACGGAGACGACCAACGAGUCGGUGUGGAAGAGCCAUCGGCUCCAAGGGCCACGAAGCCCUAGCGAGUCGUGAUGAGUGCAGCGGCAGCAGCAGCGAGACCAUCGGGGCUGCAGACUCCAGAAGGCCGAGAGCCUCUCUGCUCCUCGUCACCUGCCUGCUGUGGUGGUCUCGAUUCGCACCAUCGCAAUCAAACACAAAGUAGAACCUGCGCUCGUGCUCAUGAACAGUAGAAUACGGCGUUACGUUCUAGUUAAGCGUUGGGGUGAGGUCGUCCCGCCAGCUCUACCGGCUCGCCUGGGAGGAGUCAUAACCAAUAGAAUCCCGCGGCCGGGUUCACUCUGAGCUCUGACCUCGUGCCCAUUCCCUCGCUGGCUUCGUGCCGUCUCCCCCCUUCUUCUCGCGUGAACCCUGUGCGUCAUGCUCCAUCCUCCCACUCCGCAAGAGCCUCCCAGGUGCUGCUGUAGACUUGGCGGCUAAGGGAUAAGGUUAUUAAAAGGCAUUCUGCAUUUUCUUCACGGUGAUCAUUAACCAUUAAAAGUCGACGUGAUUGUCAUGUAAAACCCGCUGCUUGCUAAUUGCUCCAUUAAACAUCUACUGCAGCCCUUG